GCACUCACCGCAGUCAACAGACGAAGUAGCAAAGCGACUGAAGACACUCCCAGAGGCCUGCGCAUGCUUAUGGAUAUCCACCUCGACAUUGCAACCCUGGUGGAGACAUCGGACGAAUAUGAGCAUGAUCGCCAACUGUGUCCUGACUUUGACGAGUACACCGAGGGGUUGUCAGAACAACAGAUGGAGGAGCUCGCUGCAGUACGGCCACUCGAGCGCAUCUAUCAAGCAAGGAAGAUCUUUCGCAAACUCAUGCCCGCGUUGGAGAGGAAGAUUGUGACCAAGGUAGCUCCUGAUCCAAGCCUGUCUGAGAAGGAUUUGGAGGCGCUUGCGCAGGCACGUGCGAUGGAACUCAUCACGCUCUAUAAGGUGGCAAACAAAGCAGGAAACAAUGCCAAGAGUCGCAACGUGGGGACUGCCACGGCCAUUCUCGCACAGUGUCUGAAUGUCGACCGCGACUGUCCCGAAAUCCGUGCCGUAGAUCAUAGCCCAUCCACACAGGACAAAGAGGGACGCACUGUUUGUGGCUAUGCUCCAACACUCCGCAAGAAGUCACGCCACAACCGUGGGCUUCAGCACGAUAUCUGUGGAGGAUUGUUGACGAGUAUAAAGGAUGAUUGGGCGGUUGAGAGUGUUCGCUCGAAGAUCCGUGCUUUUGGCGACAAAUCCAGCAGCAACAAGAAUGACGACUCCGAAAUGCCCUCACCUGAUGACGACGAAGCUGACAACAAGCAAAGCGAUGACGACGACUUUCACUUUCGCCUAUUCUAUGAAUUGUGCAGAGGAGAUAGCAGCAACCCGCUCAAGGGCUUUCUGAUGAAUCGGUAUCUGGUACUGGUUCGUAAUAUGCCACAUAUCUAUAAAGCCAUCUUCACCGGACCGUCGUUGGCUGACGUCGAAAACAUGGAUCCCUUGGACUGCAAGAGCAACGGGCAUGGCUCUAUGGCCACCAUCUUACGUAUGAACAACCAGGUGACACCCCGUUCAAUUGCCUAUGUAGCCGUUCUGGCUCACUUCUCCCUGACCAACGCUGUCCAGUGGAAGGACACCUACAACAAUGUGUCAUAUAUCGGGCUGUAUAACUACAUCGUCAACUUCUUCGAGUGCCCUCGACCUGACACACCACAUGGACAACAUCGCCGGAAACUGCUUGCGUGGUGGACCAAGUGCGUCUCUAUCUCUUCUGUUUGCUCAUUGUCUGAUUAUCCCUUGCCAACAGGGAAGUUUUUUACCAAUGCAGCGGCUUCCAGUACGUCACACACAGGUGGAUCUUCUUGCGGGAAGCCAAAUGCGGGUCGCUCUAUCGCGAAGAUGCGCCAAUGCGUUCCCGAGCUCUAA